UCCGUCUGGCCGUCCACAUGGAGCUGAGCAGCGCGGAAGGGGCGUCCACCCGGUUCCUCGGCCUCACUCAGCGCUCCGUCUCUGAAGAUCUGGGUUGCAGACGCGGAGAGUUUAGCAGAAAGCAUUAUGGAUCUGUGGAGCUCCUUAUAUCCAGUGAUGCUGAUGGAGCCAUUCAAAGAGCUGGACGGUUCCGUGUGGAAAAUGGCUCCUCCGGUGAGAAUACAGACUAUGCUCCGGGUACAUGGCACAGAACGGAUGUGCAUUUGGAAAACCCGGAGUAUCAUACGAGAUGGUACUUCAAGUAUUUUUUAGGGAAAGUUCAUCAGAAUUACGUAGGUACGGACGCAGAGAAGAACCCUUUCUUUCUGUCUGUUGUACUGUCUGACCAAAAUAAUCAGCGCAUUCCUCAAUACCAUUCAAUACUUUGGAGAAAAACAGGUACUCAGAAAAUAUGUCUCCCUUACAGUCCCAUAAAAACAUUAUCAGUGAAAUCUAUAUUAAGUGCUAUGAGUCUUGAUAAAUUCGAGAAGAGCCCAAGAGAAAUUUUUCAUCCUGAGAUACAAAAGGAUUUAUUGGUUCUUGAAGAGCAAGAGGGAUCGGUGAAUUUUAAAUUUGGAGUCCUUUAUGCUAAGGAUGGUCAGCUUACAGAUGAUGACAUGUUCAGUAAUGAAACUGGAAGUGAAAGCUUUCAACGAUUUUUGCAUCUCUUGGGUGACACAAUUACUUUGAAGGGCUGGUCAGGCUACAGAGGAGGACUGGACACUAAAAAUGAUACAACAGGAACCUGUUCCAUCUAUACAGUUUUUCAAGGGCAUGAAAUUAUGUUCCAUGUUUCAACCAUGCUACCGUAUUCUAGAGAAAACAAGCAGCAGGUAGAAAGGAAGCGACAUAUUGGAAAUGACAUUGUCACUAUCAUAUUUCAGGAAGGUGAAGAGUCUUCUCCGGCAUUCAAGCCAUCCAUGAUUCGCUCUCAUUUUACACAUAUUUUUGCUUUAGUGAGAUAUAAUAAGCAGAAUGAUAGUUACAGGCUGAAAAUAUUUUCAGAAGAAAGUGUUCCUCUCUUUGGGCCUCCCCUUCCAUCCCCACCUGUGUUUACAAAUCACCAGGAAUUCAGGGAUUUUGUGUUGGUGAAAUUAAUAAAUGGUGAAAAAGCCACCUUGGAAACACCAACAUUUUCUCAGAAACGUCAACGCACUCUAGACAUGCUGAUCCGCUCUUUAUACCAAGACAUGAUGCCUGACCUGCACAAGGGAAAUAACAUGCUUAAUAGAAGAUCCUUCAGUGAUGUGUUACCAGAGUCCCCAAAAGCAACACGGAAAAAAGAGGAAGCUCGACAAGCAGAGUUUGUUCGGCUUGGUCAGGCAUUGAAAUUGAAAACCACCGUGAAAGGGGAUACUACAGCUAACUUGGCAACCACAAGCUUUUGUAAAAAGGAGCCUUGGGAAUCUCAGUCUUUCUGCAGUAAUUUUCCUCAUGAGGUUGUCUGUGCAGAUUCUUGGGGCCAGUCCUUGCUGGUUUCUACAGAUGCUGGCAUCUUGUUAAUAGAUGAUGGUCAACAGUCAGUGCAAGUAUUUGAUAAAACUCUCCAAAUAAAGCAGAUGAAUGUGUUGGAAGCUCUGGAUCUUUUGAUUGCCCGAACAGACAAAGGGAAAGACUCUCGUAUCCUUGUCUUCAGACUCAGUGCUGUCCAAAAAGAUAUAGAGACUAAAAAAAUUAUAAGAAGCAAAUAUGACUGCAGAGAAAAUAAACUGGAGAGAACAAAAGGCUGCCAUUUGUAUGCCAUUAAUACUCACCAUGGAAGCGAACUGAGGAUUGUUGCGGCUAUUCGGAAUAAGCUACUUCUCGUCACAAAGAAAUAUAAUUCAGACAACACUUCAACUGGCACCUCUCUGCUAUUGUCUCCUGAAUCUCCAGUAGAGGAGUUCCAGUACAUCCGGGAAAUAUGCCUUUCUGACCCUCCAGUGGUUAUGACGCUGGUGGAUGGACCUACUGGAGACAGUGACAAUAUGAUCUGUGUAGCAUAUCGGCAUCAGUUUGAUUUAGUCAAUGAGAGUACGGGGGAGUCCUAUAGAUUGCAUCAUGUUGAAACAAACAGGGUUAAUUUUGUUGCAGCUAUUGAUGUAUAUGAAGACGGUGAAGCUGGUCUACUGUUGUGUUAUAACUAUGUUUGUCAGUACAGAAAGGUAUAUCCUUUCAGUGGAGGCUCUCCACUGGUCCAGCCAUCAGCUUAUGACUUCCACUUCAGCUGGAAUCAAGUUCCUUAUGCUGUUGUCUGUGCUUUCCCUUAUGUUCUUGCCUUCACUACUGAUUCCAUUGAGAUCCGAUUAGUGGUGAAUGGGAACUUAGUCCACACAGCAGUUGUGCCUGAGCUUCAACUUGUAGCGUCAAGGUCAGAUAUUUAUUUUAAAGCUACUGCUGCAGUAAGUGGAUCAUCUGACAGCAGCUCUAAGGAAAUGAGUUCAAAGAGUUCUCCUGAAACACCGACAGCUGACGAAAAGCCAGAAUUACCUCUUCCUUCUCUAGAAGGUGAAGCUCCAUGCAAAAAUCUGUACAAAAUACCUCUCAGCAAUCUGGUUGGGCGAAGCAUUGAGCGACCUCUGAAGUCACCUUUGGCUCCCAAGGUCAUCACUACUACAACAUCGAGUGGCAUUACCUCUCUUCCAGUUAUGCACUCGCUACCUUUAUCUCGUAUGGAAAUUAAAGAAAUUGCAAGCAGAACACGUAAAGAAUUGCUGGGUCUUUUGGAUGAGCCUAUACUCAAGACAGAAAGUGCACAGAAGCUGAAAAAGGUUUCUCGAAGACAGUCGGACUCUAAGCAGGGAGCUGUAAGAUCAUCUAGUAGUGACAGGAUAAUCUCAAGCUCUUUUGAAGGCUAUUCGGAAAGAUGUCACCAUCUUUCCACUAGUUCAGAUCCUGAUACUUCAGUGAACAGGGAGGAGAGCUCACCAUCUAGCUAUCCAUUUCAGCUGAUUUCUUUAUAUGAUGAAGACAUCAUUGACUUAAAAUGAAGAUACUUUUAAAACCUUUCUUCCUUACUUCACAUUUUCUUACAACUCUGUAAGCUCUAUGGCAAUGUCACAAACACUGCUUCUGGUAGUAAAAUGUGGCUGGAAGUACUGGUGAUAAAUCCUUAUGGAACCCAUGUUCUGGUUAGCACAGCCUGAUUCGGCAAUGCUUAUAUCUUUGACAUAGGUAUGUUUUCUCAGUUAAUGAAGCAUUACUUUUUAUGGCAUUCUAACAGUAGGGUAAUCAAUGGGAGAUUUAGGCUGAAACUGAAGUAAACAAAAGUAUUACUUGUUCUAAGCUUCUUAUAAUUUGACUUACCUAAAUGACAUGCAGCGAAGUUAAUUGCUGUAAUUACUAUCAAGAGUUGUUUUACAACAAUGUAUGUCAUGUUGGAAGAGGAAUUUUAUAACACAGAUCACUACUUUUGGUUUUUCGGUCUUUAAAAAACAAAACAACAACAACAAAAAGGCUGGCAGGCAAGGUCAUUUCAAACACUGGAGUCAGUCCCUAAAUUCAUGCAUCUGUAGUGUGUUCACUGAAGAAUCAGGUGAGAUACGAAGAUGGUGUUUCCUUGGCUCCUUGUUUAGAGAAACUUGAAAACUCUUUUGGCAUAAAGAAUCCCCAAGCGGAGAACCUUUCUAUAGGACGCACAAACUCUCAGAAUAUUUCUUGAAAAUUGGAAACUAAAAAAAACCUAAAAAACCCAUGAACAAACAAGAAAUGCCGAAACAAAAACUCCAGUCCAUCUACUGGAAAACUCUUAUGGUAGUGCAUCUGCAGAUUUUUCCAUUACAGGCAGAAGAGCCAACCCAAAUUGUCUUUGACUUCAAAAAGUUUCUUAUGCAGACAUCAUCAUUAGCUGUUGUCUGCUUGCACCAACAGUAUAAGUAAUUAUUUCAGAUAGUUGUAUUUUUCUAACUGGAUGCCGACUGAAAUUUCAGUGCUAACAAGGUAGUCUUCUGUGAUGAAACAGUGAUCUUGUCUCUUACUGUGUUAAAGGACGGGUUUAUAUUUAAAGUUUGAAUUUUUUUUAACCCUUUCCUCUACAACACCUUUGCAAGGAUUGUUUGGUUUUGGUUUUUUUUCAUGCAAGCCUUUCUAUAUAUGAUAUUUUUAGCUUUAUUAGCAAGUGUUUCUUGUUCUAAAUGUAGAAAUUAUUCUGUAUCCAUGAUUUUAUUUCAAGCAUGAUCAUCUGGAGAUGCGUGCCUUUCUGCUGCCUGAAUGUAAAAGUGGUUUUGCAAAGUGAUUUUUUUUUAUCAGUUUAUUGUAUAAUAUGGCUGAAUUGCUUCACUUAAGAAAAUAUGCAAGGUCUUAUCUGGAAGCAUAAUUUCUUACUUUCAGCUGAGGUGGCUAAUCAACAAAAGAAGCAAUAUUUUCAAUAGUAAUUAGUCUAGGAAUAGAAGGCUAUUAUUACUUUAGUGGAUUUUGCACUCAUAGAUGUGUGGGGUGAACCUUAAUAAGCAUCUAAAAGGAAGUACCAGAUUGAAGUAUUUGCAAAAACUUGUAAUUAUUUUUUGAGAAUGUUGUUUCCAGAGAUUGUGUUACUUUACCCUAUCCGUACUUAUUUGGACAGUUAAGGUUUAAAGAAAAUCAAUCUGAAAGUACCACAUGGUACUUAUUUUCUUGGAAGUUGUAAACACUACUGAAUCCACUUGUGGGGUCAUUGCUGUCACUUACAUAUUUUUAAAAAGGAAAAGAACCAGCUUUUUCCAUGAACAGCUCUCUCGAUGUAGUAUUUGAUUUCUGGUUUGUGGCUAUUUUUAAAGACUGUACCAGUGUGUUCUAAAACUGGGGCUUUAGUUAAAUUUUUAACUGGAAACUUUGCUUUACCCUGUUAGGAUACUGGAUUUUAAAUAUACUGCAGAUGUUCACCUGUGCUAUCACAGCAUAAUUUAAAAUGAUUAACCAUUGUUUGAUAGCAGUUGAAGCAAUAUAUGGAGAUGUUUAAACUUGUUUUGAAGAACCUGAGCAAACACAUACUUGGGUAUCCUGAAAGACUAGCCUUAGAGAUGGAGCACUAGGGAGAACAAGAAGAAUGAGAAGAACUUGACAGAAAGCUUGACGACUGGCUAUGAUGGUAGUCAGCAUGCAUAUAGAUGCAGCAUUUGCAUUAUAUCCUAAACAAAAUUAUAGAAGAAAGGGCUAUAAAGCAAGAGUUAUUUUCUUGAACCAGAAGUGCAGCAGUGGCUGUAUUACCAUUAAUUAAGAGAGUGCUGUGGGGUGGGAACGUGUGUGUGUGUGAGAAAGACCCUUUGAAGGUUUGCCUGUAAUUACAGCAUUGAUGACAUCUAGCAAAUGAACUAUAAGGAGUACAGACACUGGAUUACUGAAGCACAAAACCAGAUCAUACUGGCUUUGUGGUACAUACCUGGAACAGCAGGAAAUUAGUAUCAUUUGAAGAGGGUAGCCCAGCAACUGCAUCCCUGCCUCCCACCUGCUUUUAUGCUGUGGCUUGACUUAAUGGGUCUGGUACAAGCUGCUAAGCAAGUCACUCUAGGAACUACUAGAUCUUAAGAGACCAUUGCUCAUAUAGGACAGGAGGGAGCUAAAUCCUAGAAAAAAAAAAUGAAUGUCUUCAUUCUUAAUGUAGCCAGUAAGUGCCUUGUUAAGUUUUUGUAUUUAGACUGUUGUAGAGGGAUAAUACCUAAUGUGGCAAAAGAAGUAGAGAGCAAUACAACAUUUUGUUUGGGUUAUAUGACACCUGGAAUUGGUAGCUGAGGCUUUAGAGUAUAUGUAUAUGUAUAUGUAGUUCACUACCUACUUAGUGUAUGAGACCAGCCCAGAAUGUAGGUAGAAGGCAGUGAACAUGGAAAUAAUAUUUCAAUUCUAUUUGACACAAGCCACAGGAACCAAAUUCUGUGAAGAUCUUUAUCACAUUUAUUGUAUCAAAAAAAACCAAAUACCAACACAAUUGUGUGAAAUUGCUGGUGUACACAACCUUGUACAAGGAUGUGGCUUCUUUGAGUUUUAAGUAGUCUGAACAGACAACCAUGAUUUCUGUGUAUCUUCAUGUGAGGAGAAUUAGCUUCUAGCCAUUGUUUCUCUCAAAACUUCAUCCUUACUAUUCAGACUGCUAAUUAAAAUCUAGAGGCAGUUGGUGGUAUUGAUACAGAAGCUCUUGUGCAUCAUUUAUAAAGGGCAAAGUUCUUACACACCUGCAGAACCUCUCCUUCUUAAGACUGGCAUAAGAUAACAAGGCUUGUUGGAAGGCUGCUGGGAUGGCUAUAGUGUUGUUCACUCCAGCGUUGGAGCCAUGUUGUUUGCCCUCUGUUUUUCCAGCAUGUGCAUGCAUAUACUCUCUAAAACUUAAAAAAUAGUCUUAGGCACAAAUUGCAGCUAUGUCCACUGUAAGCACAACCCUUUCUCCUUUCACAUUGGGUGUUAAAGCUGCCUGUAGGCUGCAUUCUUGAUGCUGGCUGACAAUCUCACAAUUAGGAGAAAAGAUAACCUUUGAAUCUACGACUGUGUAAGAUGGGUGUUGUUCUGAAAGGAAAACUGAAAAAUGUUGCUACAGAUGGAUGGAAGGAAUUGUUUCUGUGAAGGAAGAAUUGUUAUCAGAUUGAACACUUGCUGACAGGCUAAGUUUAACUGAAGGCCCAUUCUGGACUCUUGGCUAAGUUUCAGCAAGACAUACUUUCAAUCCCAAUGUGCUGGAUUUGUAGGCAGCAACAGGGCUCUUAACUCCUUCUGGCUAAAUGGUGUUGGUCACCGCUUCAUCCCUGUGCCUUAGUCUGACUAAAUUAUAGGAAUGUCAUUUACAUUGGUGCAAGCAUUAGAUUGUACAGGUAGUUAAUUUAGAAUGUACUUGUGUGUUCUCGCCAGCAUGGUUAAUGAUGCAUGGAAUCACAAAAUAGUUGAGGGUAGAAAGGACCACUGUGUUAUCAUCUAGUCCAGUACACACACCUGUGCACCACCAUUCAAAAAUCUGUUCAAAAUGGAUAUGCAGCAUUUUGUCUUGCAUUUGAAUUACAGCAUGCAUAUAAACUUAUCACCAGAACUUUGAAGUGUGACUAGGACUUAAGAACCCCCAGACACAAGAGCUAAGUUAAUUCACACACAGAGAAUAUGGAGCCCUUUAGGCUUUGAUGAGUCACUCGCAAGGUCCCUAAAGCCCAGUUUGGGCUUUAGAAACCAAUACAAAUAGUCAUUUUUGUCCCGUUCCUUAUUCUGGUAUCAAUGCAGUACACAUAAAUAUUUUGUAUGUGUUUGAAAGUAACAAAACACUUCCUUCUAAUAAGAAGCAAAGACCCAUGUGAAAUUUGAAAGGGCUGUGGCUAUUCAGGGUAACAAGAGAACUACUCUCUAGGUUCAGUGAAUGCAUACAUACAUUCAAUUUCCUGGUUCGCAAAGAAGCAAGGCCUGUUCUAGAUAUAGUCCUUUACUAGUUGAGGGUGUGGUGGGGAUUCUUGUUCGUUUUGGUUUGUGUGGCUUCUGGAGGCUGGUGGUGUGGGCAGAUUUUUUGUUGGUUGGGAUUUUUUUUUUCAUGUUUUGGAGGUGGGGUUUGGUUAGCUGGGUUGUUUUUGGUUUUUGUUGGUCUUGCUGUCGUUUUUCAAUGCAUAGCAUUACAUGCAAGUAUGCACCUGGAAUGAACAGGAGGUUUGUUCUCUGCCUUCAUGUAAUUAUUUCUAUAAAUGUGCACAUAUUUGUAAUUGAUAGCUUCAAAUUGAAUUUUUUUAGUACUUGACAGUCAACUGAAUAAAUAUUCAAACAGUACUUAAGAGGGCAGGAAAUGGGUAACGUUAUUGCCUAACUAGUUCUAUAUGGUUAAGGUUGCUACUCCUGACAUAUAUUUUCUGCUGUUCUAAGUAUAUUUGACCAGUAAUGGCUAGCUCGAACAUGUUUUUCUAAAGGUGUGGGUCUGUAACUCGGCCUUGCAGAUGCAGUGGCUUUUCCAGAGCUGUUGGUAUAGUCUGCAUUUGAAAUAAAUAACCCUUUUCAUUUUGAUUUGUUUUGCAAUAUAUAUACAUAUAUAGGUAUAUAUAUAUUUGUAAUUCCUACUGUAAAUUUUCAGGGAUUAAAAAUCCUGACAUAUAUAUAUAUAUAUAUAGGAAUUUAAAGUAAUGGGGUCAUAAAAGGCAGGGGAAGGGAAAAUCCCAUCAGCAAGUGAUAAGGUAUUUCAGAAUAAUUUCUGUUGUCUUCUGUGUAUGGAAAUGGGUAUCACGCUGUUUUCGUUCUUAACAAUUCGAUGUCAUGGUUCAUAUACACAGUGCUUGCUUAUUCUGUUAAAGCACUGUUUUCUCAGAUAGGCUUAAUCUGUUUUUGUGAAGGACUAUAUUAUACCCUGGGAACCUAAUAUUAAAAAUAUGGGAAGACUUAAGAGAUUAUGCAGCAAACAUCUGUACUUGCAUGCAGGUUAGAAAGUAUUUUUACUCUUAUUACUUGAGCACAGCAACUUCACCAGCCUGUAUACUGCUUAGCUGCUUCACUUUGUUGCUGACCUGUAACUGACUGACUCCUCUUUGCUACUGGAAAUUGUGGUACUAGCAUCUGACUUGAAGAGAAAAUGGAGAUAAUUUUCUGCAUAUUUACCUGGUCGAAUGGAAAAUAUUAUGUAAAGGUUUAUGCAGAGCAUUAUCAAUCUAGAAUGUCAGUUUAAUUGUCUUUGAAUGGUAGCAGACUGCUUUGUAAUUUAAUAAUGGCAUAUUGUUAAGACUGUUGCUAGGUUUGUGAUCAAAGACUCUUUACCAUUGGUCUUAAAUGCUGAUGUAUUACCAUUGUUUUUAAUGUCAUAUGAUAGCAUGUAUUGUUUGUAUUUUAGAUACGACAUUCAAAUAGAAACAGUCCUAUCACAUCUGAAACUGUUUUAAGUGCUGUUUAUCACCUUUGUGAAGAAGAAACAUGGUUUAUUUCUUCAUCUGUAAUAAACUAUAAAUUUGA